GUUGCCAAAAAAAUAUUACACCAAUCGAAAUCUUUGUCUAUUUAUUUAUUCCCGAUGGAAUUAUGAUAAACUAAUUGAACAAAGAAAAAGCAAAUCUAUUCUCGCGAGAGAUUGAACCAAAAACUCAUCUCGAGUUUCGAAAAAAUGUCGUUAGGGCAAAAGGGUUCGGGGGAUCCAGGUGCGAUGCUCACUUCCCUUCUGAACAAGCGAGAGAAGCUUCGACAAGACUUACGGAGCAUCGAGAAGCAGGUAUAUGAAUUGGAGACAAGCUAUCUUCAAGAAUCGAGCCAUAUAGGAAAUGCCUUGAAGGGUUUCGAAGGCUUCCUUUCUUCCUCCAAAAGCACUGCCAGUGCUAAGAGAUCAAGGAAGUUUCAGCCUGAAGACAGAGUCUUCUCUUUGUCCUCAGUCACCUCACCUGCUGCUGAAGAACUUGGUGUUGGGAGAGAAGAUGGACGAGCUGAAUUGGGCCCUGGGAGAUCCAAGGGUGGAUUGUCAACGGGACAGGGAAAACCGAAGAAAGGGAGAGGACACGGAGUGGCAAGAGAUGCAAAGAGAAACAGACCAUCAGAACCAGAUUAUGACGACGAAGAUGAUCCGGAUGCGAGUAUGUAUGUGCCCGGUUCACUCAUCUAAGGCAUUUUCUGUUUUUGUGGUGCCUGAAAGCAUUAAGAAACAAAUCAGCUUGUAACGUUUUUAUUUUACAUCCCAGAACAUAACCAAAGUAAAUCUAGGAACUAUUGGGGCAGAUUUAUAACGUCAAUUAAUAUAUAAGAUGUUUUGUGGAAUA